GCCAAGCCUGCUGUCUGGUGGAAGUGAUGGCUGCUUCACUAGGACUGGCUACCCAGAGCCAGCUUGAGUCAAGCCCUCCCAGAGGCCAGCAGGAGGGGGCAGGAGACAACUGUGCUCAACUGAGGCCCAGGACCAGUGCGUCCCAAGUUACCAUCUUUGUUUCCUUAAUGCCCCUGGGUUACCUCGCCCUAGCGCACUGCCACAGCCAUGGCUGCAGGUAAUCAGCCCCGUGAGCAGAGCUGCGCUGGCUCCUCAGUCCUCCGCCUCUCUCACCUGAAGGCAGACAUCACUCUGGCCGGAGCCACACAGCUCUGUGGCGACAGAGCCAGGACGGGAGUUCAAUCUGCCCACCCCCACCUCCAGUGAUCCCCACAAGGGCACUGCUAUGUCAGAACUGUUGGGCUGUGUAUCCCUCAGAGGCCACUGCAGGUGAGGAAACCCCCGGCUGUGCCACAGCGGAGGCCUUCGUGUCCCCAGAGUCUGGUUGGCCAAGGCCGAUUACCCAACAAAGUUCUAAAGCCUUGAUAGCUCGAAGGACAAAAACCUGUUUCCUUCCCUUCUGGCACCCAGAAGCCCAAGAAGAAAGGAUUGGCUGCGCUAGCUUCUCUCUUUACUUUUAUUUCUCAUAUCUGUGGUGCUGUGGCGGAGCCAGGGCCUGGGCAUGUUAGUCACGUGAUCGGCCCAGGGCUGACUUCUCCGAAGUCCUCUCUCCUCAGCUUUGAGAAGAGCAGCUUCUUCCUGUCUUCCCUGUCCAUCUGAGUCGAAUCUCAGGCUGGGAACAGACCAGUUGGCAGACUGCCUGCCUGAUGCUCGUAAGAUUUCCGGGUUCUAUCCCCAGCACCGAAUUAACUGGGCAUGAGGGCACAGGCCUGUAACUCAGCACUGGGGAGGUAGAGCUAGGAGGAUCAGAAGUUCAAGGUCAUUUUCAGCUACAUAGUGAGUUUGAGGCCAUAAUGGACUUGAUGAGAGCCGGAGAGGAGGAGAGGGAGGGAGGGAGUUAGAGAGGAAGGAAGAAGAGGGAGAAACAGAAGAGAGGGGAAAGGGUCAGGGACUGGGACAGGGUAGAGAGACAGGCAGGGGAAUCCAGUUAUGAUGGAUAGAGCCCACACAGGAAAUGCAUCCUACAGAGGGGCUACCAUCAUCUCCACAGUCACCUGAGGGACUGGGUUAGGACUUCAGCAGGAGUCUGGAAGCAUCACCGAGUUCCGGCUUCCCUUUUGUAUACAUCCAGAGGGAACUCAGACAAGGAGAUGGAGGCCUAGGGAAGAGGGUACCUGCCCUCAUGGGUCACAGGGCAGAGCCAGCUGCAGGGCCAAGGACAGACUCUUGGGUCCUCUCUCCAGACGCAGCCACACCUGUGUGUAAGGCACCCAGCAGCCUUUCUACUAGAGAAGCGGACACCAUCUCUAGGCCAGGCAGCUCCAACCACCCUCCCCAACCACAUCCCAAGAGCAAAAAACUGUCCCAGAUGAACACUCCAAUAAAGUUUUGUAUUUUGUAUACUCUCGAGCCUCCCCCUCUGCUUUCCUGCUCCUGCUCUCAAGCCCUUUCUAGGAAGUGACCCAGAGAGCGGCAGCCACCUGCCCAGGUCAGGCCUGCCGCCUAGUGGACCCAAGAGGAACAGAAUGACCCGGAGGCGGGCUGCACUCAGGUCUUAAGGGGAUUCCAGACCCUUCGUUCCCUGCGGCCUGCAAAAACUGCACUACUUUUCCGAAGUCUGGAGAGACAAGAGUCAGAAGAGACCUACGCUGUGGAAAGACGCCCUGGCUUUGGGAACAUUGAGUGGCGAGGACUCACACUUCGGAGCACACCUGAGUCUGGGAAGGCCAGGCGAGCCCGUAGAGAGACACCUUUGACCGGUGAUGUCAUUGGGUCUGUCCCAGUGCAGACCCAGUCCGAGGCUGGGGCCGGGUUCCUGGAGGCUGCCAUGUUCUCCCUGCCCUCCUUGUUCUCCUGGCUCCCCGACCUCCCUUCCUUUGAGUGGGGUUCCAGUCUCUUCCACAGCCUCCUGCAAGGCCUGAUCGGGGCCCUGGGAGUCUCUGUUCUCAACAGUCUCUUGAAGGUUUACUUCUUCGUGGCCUGUGUCAAUGACCCCCAGCGGCAGCCCCAGAAGCAGCGGCUGCGAGCGCAGUGGGCCUCCUUGGAGGCCGUGCACCUGGCUGGCCUGGCCCUGCUCCUGACCGUGGUGGGGACUAGGGUAGCCGCCCUCGUGGUCCUGGAGUUCUCCCUUCGGGCUGUUUCCACAGUGCUGUCCCUGGGCAAGGGCACCGGGGACAAGGAGCGACUCCAGCUCUACCUGGUGUGCCAGUUCUCUCUGGGCUGCGGGCUCAGCUGCGGCCUGAGCUUCCUGCAGGAAGGUGCCCCGCGCCGCUCCCUGAACCUGCUGCUGAGCCUGGGGCUGGCCGCGCUGCUGGGCUCGGCUGCACGGCGCCUCCGCCGACACAUCUGCAGCCUCUACGAGCUGCACAGCAGCCAGCGCUACUGUGGGGUCUGUUUGGGCCUGCUGGCCAACCAGCACGGCCUGCCCAGGCUCCUGGGCCGCACUCUGGCAGUGGCUUUUGCUGUGAGUGACCUGGCAGCCGUGGCCCUCAUCAACCAGGACUUCCUGAACACGUCAGAGGCUGUGCGCUUCUGGACGCCGCUCACCAUCUGCUACACACUGCUGAUCAUCUACAUGCAGGAGGAGCAGCGGCAACAUCGCUUCAGCCUGCAGGGCCAGGUCCAGACGGUGCUGGUGCGCAUGGGCGGCCUCUUCAUCUUGUUGAUGACUGUGGGCCGCUGGCUGGAUCUCCUGGGUAUCUUUUUCUCCUUUCUGGGCGAGCUAUGCUGCUUGGCAGGCACUCGCACCCUAAUCGACCUCUGCCAGAUACAGGGCUUUCCAUCCCAGAGGCCUACAGUAACAGCAGCAGUAACACCAGGAAAGGGAUCAACAGUGACAGAUCCAUGUGACACCCGGCCUUCCACACCUGCCCGGUCCAGAAGUGCUGUCUGCUCCUGACCUGCCCCCACAAAGGACUUGAAGUCAGUCUCAGGCCUACACAGGCUGACCAGCAAGGCCUCUACCACAAAAGGUCCCCACCUAGUGUUCAAGGCAGGCCAUGGGGCCCCUGGAGAAAGGGGAUGGCUAGGGCUGGGGACCUAGGAAGGUAGGGACAUAAAGGCCCCCUGAGUAAACUCCCUUUCUCUUGAAGAUGGGUAGCUUCAUCAGACCAGCCUUUCCUGGCCAGGCAAGGAGGGCAGAGGACAACUGUGACCUCAGAAUGGUCCCUGCCCCUCCCCCACCUUGCUCUCUCCACAAACAAUAAAAGAUGACUUUUUUUUUUCCAAGCUGUGUUGAAGAUCACAGCGGCAUAGAAAGAAAAAGAAGCUUCCUGAAGAGCGCGGGGUUUGGGGGCAGGAUUCUGGGAUAUAAGCCUUAAGCCUGGCCCUGCCUUGAGUCUCUCCGGGGGACAAAGGACUCAGGCUAAAGCUACCAGGUUCUUCUGUCCCUGGACAAAGAAUUUCAUCGCGAACAUGUGUUUGUCAGGAUGGCGGGGAGGUAGAGAAGUUGCUCCGGGUCUGAGUGCAGCCCCUAGAUCCCACAUCAGGCACCUCACAGCUGUUUGUAGGAGGUUCCUUGGGAAAUGAUGCCUCUGGCCUCCUUAGACACUUGUAUUCAUGUCCACAGACAUGCACAGAAUUAAAAAUCAGAAGUAGAGACAGUUAAUAAAGAAAGGGAAAAUGCGUGGCCUAGUGGUGGCGGCGCACACCUUUAGUCCCAGCCCUCGGGAGGCAGAGGCAGGUAGAUCUCUGUGAGUUUGAGGCCAGCCUGGCUCACAAAGUGAGUCUAGGACAGCCAGGGCUAUACAGAGAGAGCCUGUCUUAAAAAACAAGAAAAGAAAAGAAAGAAAGGGGAGACACUCUGGAAAAUGAGAGUGGGCUAGUGAUCUGGGAAAGGUGUUGGCUCAAAAGCCCUCAGGCUAGCCAGAUUUGGUGGUGCACACCUCUAAUCCCAGCACUAGGAAGGCAGAGACAAUAGAGUUAGAGGGCAGCCUGGGCUACAUAGUGAAUUCCAAGCUGGCCAGGGCUACAUAGUGAGUUCUAGGUUAGCCAGGGCUAAAAAAAUAAAAAUAAAAGAAGUACCAGGCCACAUGGCUCGUGACCAUUA